AUGGCGUCGUUUCAUUACUACUCGGGAACGCCCCCGGAUUCUGUUUUUACCAAUAUUCAAGCUGUCAACAAAUUUUCCGACGAACCAUUCAGUGAAUUGAUCAAUUUAAUGUUUACCUUCCUUGCUGACCCAUCAAAAUCGUCUAGACUGCUUUUACAACUCGAUGAGUUUGCAGAACAUAACGGCGUGGGAGCAAACGCUUUGAAGACUGUGUUCAAAACUUUACUCACUAUUCCGAAUGCUGCUCUUGGAAAAAAUCUCGGGCCGGCUCAGUUGAAGGAAGAUUUGGUUAACUUAGGACUUUCAGAGGGCAAAGCAGAUUAUUUUGCAGAUCAGUGGAAGUCUAAUUUAGUGGCGUUGUCAAGGAAUGUCUUAGGACAAACCUUGAUGGUAAACCAACUUGUAGACAUGGAAUGGAAAUUCGGAGUGACGGCUUCAAGUAGCGAUGUGGACAAAGUGGGAAACACUUUCCUACAGCUGAAACUAGUGAUUAACAAAGGCAAUGGAACAAGCAAUGUUUAUAUGGAAUUAACAUUGCCACAGUUCUACUCAUUCCUUCACGAAAUGGAGAAAGCCAAGUCAAACCUUGAGUAUCUCAGUUGAACCAAUGAGAUAAGACAGUUUAGACUGGUAUAUGUGUUUCAGAAUUAGAAUCUAUGGAAAGAGAGGACACUGAGAGGCUGUUAAACCAUUUGUGUUGAGUGAAGGUGUCACAUUGAUAAUAAGUCUAUGAGCGACUAGUCUAUUCAACAUUAACGGAUUGAAUUUCUGCAAACCAUGAAAGGUGCCAUGGUGGAUCCAUAAGUUAACAUUAACAUAUGUAUAAAAUUAUGUGUUCUUUUCCCACAACUACAGCGGUAUAUGUUUGUGUUAGAAAAUUGGAUCAUUGCUGAUUGGUGCAAGUUUUAAACUAACAUGUCAUGGAAAUUAAAGUGAUCAUAUAUGUUCAUUUUAUAUCAUGGAUUUAGGUAUUUUAAGUAACCAUUCAAGCAGAUGUUUUUAUCUAAUAAUACUUCUGCUUAUCCAGUGAUAAUCUGGAUCAUGCCCCUUAUUGUCAUUGCUUUACUAGUAUAUGUGGGUAGCAUAGGGAGUGUGUGGCAUGGGAUUGUUUGAUUGAUUAGUUGACUCUGGGAUUAAGAUAGUCUGUCUUAAUCCCAGUUUAACGGGUAUUUAACACCAUGCUCAAGAAUUUGUUACUGGUCAGAUUUAUGGGU